UCUCCACGAGUAAUCAGUUAGCUAGCUAGCUCCCUUUCCUAUUAUUCCUCUCUGAUUAUCUUUAUUUUCCUCAUGCCCAUGAAUGAUAUGGAGCAAAAUCAUUGCCCGGAGGUUGAGGGUAAAAAUGUUGACUACUUUCAAAGAGCUCAAUGGCUUCGAGCUGCUGUAUUGGGAGCCAAUGAUGGGCUUGUUACUGUUACAUCGUUAAUGAUGGGUGUUGGGUCUGUCAAAGAAGACAUCAAGCCCAUGCUCCUUGCUGGUUUUGCGGGGUUAUUUGCAGGGGCUUGCAGUAUGGCAAUAGGGGAGUUUGUCUCCGUUAACACCCAGAGGGACAUAGAGAUGGCACAUAUCAUGAGGAGGGAGAAGGCAAUGAAAAAUGGUGGAGAGAAUUAUAAGGAAGAAGCUGAUCAGACUGAGAGGGAGCAGCUCCCCAAUCCAGUUCAGGCUGCUUUUGCAUCAGCCCUUGCAUUUUCAGUAGGCGCAGUGCUACCAUUAUUGGCAGCUGCGUUUAUAAGGGAGCAUAAACUGAGGUUGUCUGUGGUGAUUACAGUGGCUACCUCGGCGCUGAUUGCUUUUGGAGUUGUAGGAGCACGUGUCGGGGGGACUCCGAUGUUGAAGUCUGCUACCAGGGUGUUGGUCGGAGGAUGGGUGGCAAUGGCGAUUACUUUUGGCCUGACCAGAUUAAUUGGCUCUAAAGGACUGCAGAUGUGAUUUCCAGGCGAUCAAUUGCAAAAUUGCUUUCUGGGAUUCCCUUUCUUGUUUCAUCUUCCCUUGAUUCAGUUUUUAGUGUGUCGAUGUCAUGAUCAAACUCCUGCAUGCACCCUCAUCCUGCAUAUACGAGGCUGAAUUCCACCUUAAUUCACGUAUCCCAGCCACGUGGAGUUUACGGAUAGGAGAAGAGCUAUCCUGUCUUGUGUAGGGGUUGGUGCAUUUUAAUAUUAAAAUAAAUAAAUAUAUAGUUAAAAUCUUAA